CUUUCAUAUGAAGACAGUUGGACCGCCCAACUCGUCAGCGUACCUUGCAAGCUAAGUGUACCAUCUAGAAAGACUAAACUAGCAUGUCUUUCCGGCGGAUCAUCAGCCGUACGGGCUCCGCUCUGUGCGCCUGCACGACGGCUGCCUGCUCAGCAGCCGGACCAUCCUCUUCCUCGUUCCUUUCGCGGGCGGGGGGUCUCGCAGCGUCACCCUUCCCUAUCGCAUCUAGCUCCUCUAUUCUCCCUACAUUCAGCUUUGGUGGUGCCAUACAAGUGCGAAAUUCGACCAAGAGGGGAGGUGGUAGCACCAAGAACAACAGGAAUAGUGCGGGCAAGCGUCUUGGUGUCAAACGAUAUGGAGGCCAAUUUGUCAAUGCGGGUGAGAUCAUCAUCCGGCAAAGAGGCACUGAGUGGCACGCGGGCGAGAACGUGAUGAUGGGCCGCGACCACACCCUGUUCGCCACCCAACCAGGCUGGGUACGCUUCUACGGCGGUGCGACGCCAGGCUCAGCCGCACUUUUCCGGCAAGCAAAGAAGGCCAUUCGGCCAGGGCCUCUCGCACUUACUUCGCUACGCAACACAUCGCCUAUCCUACCCCGAGUGCUUCCCUCCAAGGGACAUCCGUCGAGCAACACCAAGCGGCGAUACGUCGGCGUCGCAUUGAAGCCUGAUGCAACUUUACCGGCCCCACGUGGGGCGCCGACGCAGAGGAGGUUCGCAAAGGUGGACAUCAGGAGAAUUAAGAAAGAAGAGCAGGAAUGGAGGGCGAACGUGCACGAUCUCAUGCAGCUGCAAGGAUCGCUGGCAACUGAAGAUGCGACGUGUACCCCCGCGCUCCAAGCAGGCAUGUGAUUGAACUGACAAUAUUGUCAUAUUGUAUAGUACAGCGCGAUGCAGUCACACUUGCACCU